AUGAGUGACUGACUCAGCGCAGCAAUACGAUGGCAGACGACGAUGCAUCUUCGAGCACGUCGGCAAGCUCGGAUGGCGAAGACAUUGAGACAACAGGCUUGAUCGCGACUCGUGCCAAGCGUUCAACGGCGGGCAACCUUUACGCUGUCAUUCGCAACAACCUCGACGAUGAGGACGUGCGAAAGGAGCUGUUGGCCGAGGAUGAGACCGAAGAAGAUGCGCGAGAGUAUGAAGGCUCAGAGCCGGACGAAGACGACGAAGACGCACUAGAGUCAUCGAGUGAGGAUGAAGACGCGGGCCCGCCGCAGGAAGGCGAGCCAGAGGACUUGGCUGGCGAGAAGGAGGUGCGGAAGGCGGAGCGCGUGGAGCAGAGCAAGAAGCGCAAGGUGCAAGACGCUAGGCUGAAGUUGCCGUCAUGGCAGCGCAAGACGAAGAGGGUCAAGCUGGCGGAUGAUGUCAAGACGGAAGAUGGCGAGACACUCCCUGCGAAGCCGAAGAGUAAGAAGAAGAGCGAACGCGCCAACUGGCUCCCCACAGACGCCGACGCACCGCUCCGCCAGUCCGGGCGCGCGUUAGCGGUCGCAAGCAGAGAAGUCACGCACGCAAACCUGAAGCAGUCGUACGAGCGGUCCGAGAAACAGCGCAAAGUGAUGAAGGAUGCGGCUCAGCGGGAGAAUCUCAAAAAGCGAAAAGAUAUGUCGCAGGAGGACCGGAUGGCGCAGUGCGCUAAGAUCGCGCUGAAGACGGAUAAGGAGUUCGGGCGGUGGGAGAGGGAGGAGGCGGAGAAGCAGCGGUUACGGGAUGAGGCGUUGGCCGCGAAGCGGAGGAGGGGCGUUGAGGGUCCGUUUCUGAGGCAUUGGAGUGGGAGUGUGAUUUGGCGGGGGAGCAGGAUCGAGGAGCAGAGGGUGAGGCAUGGGAGUGUGAAGGUGGACGAUGUGGGAGAAGGUCCGAGUCAUGACAAAUUAGGUGGAGGAGGUAUGGUGGCAGACGUCUCGAGCGCAGUGCAAACAUCACCAACCGGCCAGCCGGACGCUACUGCGGUUCCGCCGAACGACAGUACUUUGCUUUCUGGGAUCCACGAUUACGCCGCAAAAGCAACAGAACCGCCAAACGACCAAGCAUCCAUAGCACAAGUAGGCGUGCCUCAAGCUGGGAUCACGAACCCUGCAGCUCCCGUGGCGCCUUUGUACCAACAGCCACAACCCACCGCACCACUCACCCAACCACCACCGGCACUUACCACCUUCCAACACGCCUACACCGGCUGGCCACCCAGCAGCCACCCCACUGUAGGCCCGCCACCUCCAGCACCCUUACUCCGCGAGCAAGCCCAACGCUCCCUCAUCAUGCUCGAACAAUUCCCCAACCUCGACCCCACCACCACAACCACCAAACGGUCCACCAAAGCAUCAGCCUCAACAACCCCCGGCCUCACCCCAACAGAAACAACCUCCAUCCUCCUCCCCACCGCCUACCCGCCCUUCACCUCCGACCAACUCCGCUACCUCCUCGCCAAACACUCCGCCCGCCGCCGCACAAUCGCCAACACGGACAACAUGCCCCCUCCGCCCGAAAAGGCGAAAUGCGCAAUCAUACCCAACCAAGACGCCGCGUACCGUGACCCGAAGACCGGGUUGCCGUAUCUGGAUUUACAGUGUUACAAGAUUAUCCAGAGGGUUUUGGGCGGAGGGUGUAUGUGGUCGGGGUUGUUGGGGGCGUGGGUGGGUCCCAGUCUGCUGAUGGGACGGCCGGCGAGGGGGGUGCCGGAGGGGUUUGCUACGGGGGUUGGCGCAGGGGAGGGGAAGGUGAAGGGAGAGGUGGGGUAAGACGUCGUGGCUGUUAACCCCAUCGCAUCAAGGUGGUGUUCGAACGCUAGAGUAGAUCAUCCGACAAUAGCAUUUCGUCGCCUGUGGUUUGCCACUCAUCGAACAGUCCUUCGACUCU